AUGAAAGUUAUUAGCGAUAAAGCAGUCACCCAAUUUUUAAACAAGUCACUCACUAAAUCCACAUUACUCAAUGAGUUUGUGCCUACUUUGUUCAAUGGUCUCAAGACAUACUCACAGGAUCCAGACCAUAUAGUGCCACCACGAAUUGCACAACAAUCAAACAACACUGAAUCAGAUACUACCCAUGUUUACAUGCCAUGUAUAUCACCUGAGGAAGUUGGUAUAAAAGUUAUUAGUGGUGGUCAAGGAAACAACUCCAAAGGGUUGGGUUUUGUUGGAUGUGUAUUGGUAAUGGAUGAAGUGACUGGUGAGCUUAGAGCCGUGUUAAAUGCAAAUACACUAACUGCGUUUAGAACCGCAUUGGCUAGUAUAUUGGGUUUGGUCAAAAUAAUUAGUCUUGACGAACAGUCUGAAAUAUUGCCUGAAUUGACAGUAUUUGGCGUGGGGUUGCAAGCUUAUUGGCAUGUCAAGUUGGCGCUUUCGCUAUACGGGGACAAGAUAAAGGUUGUCAAUAUCCUUAACCGAUCUUUGGAAAAUGCAGUGAAACUAAAAGAAAAAUUUGAGAAAGAGGUUGACAAUGUAGUGUUUAAUGCAUUUCUGUAUCAAAGCAGUAAACAAGACGACUUUGUUAAUCAUAUAAGGAACAGCUCAAUUAUAUUUGGAUGCACGCCAGCGACAUCACCCAUCAUUAAGACAAGUUAUAUAAAUCAAGACCCACAAUGGCCCGUGUUUAUUUCGUUGAUUGGCUCGUAUAAGCCGCAUAUGAUUGAACUAGACUUGGGAUUGGUUAAGCUGUUUAAAGACAAAGGUGUCAAGAUAAUUGUGGAUUCCAAGGAGCAUACAUUACACGAGGCAGGAGAAUUGAUACAAGCAAAUUAUGUUCCUGAUGAUUUGGUUGAAAUACAUGAACUAUACAAUGAGCACAUACCAAAGGUUACUGAAACUACAUCCAACAUCACUGUGCAGAAAAUAGUUGGAUUGUCAAUUAUGGAUCUAGCAAUGGCGAAAUUAGUGUGCAACAAAAUCAGUGAUGAAAAUGUGGUGGUUGUGCAAGACUUUUGA